UUUGCCGAAAGCCCGGCCAGUGUUGUGGAGCGUGUCACUGUCGUGGUUACCUAUCAUCAAACGCUCCUCGCUCGCUGCUCCGUGCGACCGGAACGAGGGGAAUUUAGUCCGUAACGAGCCCCACUGCCUUUACGACCCAACACGGUGCCUCGCUCAAUAGCCCGGACUUCUAUAAACUUGAGAAUAACUCAACCGUCAACGCUUCCACAUAUCGGCCUUUUUUUGCGGCGAUUUUCAUCUUUCGCCUCCGUGGAUUCUUAUACCGUGCCUGCUUGAAUUUGCCUGCAUCAUGUCCAAACAGCGGAGAAAAAGUUACGUGAACUUUCUUCAGAAGUACCCGGAUUUGAGGGACAACAAACGCAUCACGGCUGACAAAUUCUCAGAGAUUUUUCAGCAUUACGAUACUAACGAUAGCGGCUAUAUCGACGAUGAGGGACUGGACAAAUUCUUCCGAGAUCUUCUCAUGACCACGACUGCCGCUUCGAUUACUCCUGAGCUGGUAGAGGAUCUCAAGGAAUGUUUCAUGGAAUCUUAUGACGAUGCCAAAGACGGUAGAAUCGCCAUUACAGAGCUGGCCAACAUCCUGCCCACUGAUGAGAAUUUCAUCCUUCUCUUUCGACUGACGGAGAAUCUCACGUCUAGCGUGGAACUGAUGACGCUUUGGAAGAAAUACGACAGGAAUAGGAGCGGUUACAUUACGAAGGGAGAACUCGGAGCUUUCAUUGCGGACCUGCUUGCUCAGCAUGGCAAGCGCGUGUCAGGGGAGAAGCUUGAAGAAUACGUCCAGGGUAUGUUAAAGAUUUUUGACAAGAACAACGAUGGACACCUGAGCUUGACAGAGAUGGCCAAACUGCUGUCCAUCAAACCAGAAGAGAAUUUUCUCAUCACGUCCAGCAAACUUGCCAAGUUCCAGGAUAUGGGUGAGAGAGAAAGGCUCAAACUUAUGCACCAGAUCUUUGACCAUUACGACAAGGGACAAACAGGAUUCCUGGAGGGACCGGAGAUCGAUCUGUUUGUGAAGGAUCUUCACGACUUCGAAGGUGCAAGCGGCGAGGAUACUUUCUGCCAGGCGGAUUCGAUGAGAAAAGUCGACAUUUUCAAGGAGGAUCUGAUGAGACAUUGUGACGUGGACAAAGACGGCAAACUCAGCAAAUCAGAAGUCAGACUGAUUCUGGGAUUCCAUUAGUUCUUGGUGGUGGUUACAAAAAUAGAAUUCCGAUAUUUAAAAGCGUUGACUACAUAUUGUCUCUUUCUUUCUUGAAAGGAGAAUUUGGAUGAGAAUAGCACUUUAAGCUUUCAAUACGUGAGAGAUUCACUGGCCGAGUUUUAACUUCAGACAUUGACAUUUUUCGUGGAACAACGGUCCACAGUUCAUUGUCGUUUGAAUCAUAAUUCACUGUACGAACGUUUGUAAUGAUAUGACAUCCAUUUGAAAUGAGGUUUAUUUGGUGGUCAAUGAAAGGAAGGCCUGAUAUAUCUUUAAAUUAAAAAAACCUGCUAAAUAGCAAGGAAAGAUAUAUAUAAAUGUCAUGAAAGUAAGAUUAUUUUUACACGCUGUGCCUCAAAUUCCCCAGGCCAUUUGAAAAAUACGCGAUGGAAGGUUAGAUAACAACAGAAAUAUCAGAACAGAAUUAUAUUGAGUGCAAUAUGAUAUAAAGUGCACAAUAAAUUGAGUGCAAUAUUAAAAAGAGACAGAAAUCGCUGCAAAUUUCAAGUGGAAUGUUAACAUUUUGAAAGUCUUGAGUUUACGAUUGUCGUAGAUUUUCGAAACGUUUAGGUGAAAGGGCGCUUCAUAAGCCGUUAAUUGUAUCAUCAACAUGUCCUUGGCGAUGAAGUGGGGAUACAAACAGGCAAAAAUGACCAAACUAUCGGUAAUGCAAAUUUGCUGGCCAAAUACUAUCGAUUAUUGUAAUCAAUUAUUCUGAUCAAUUAUUGUUGUGAAUCAGUUGUACCUCUUGUAUUGAUUAUCGUCACUAAGUCUAAUUGGUGUGCGGUCUUUUUGAUUUCGAACUGUGCCUUGGUCUUGCGAUGUAAGAUAUAUUUUACAUUUAAGUGAAAGUGGUGCACACACAACUCACUAUUAAAAGCAAGGCGAGAAUCGUUUUCUUGUAACUCUAUUCUCAUUGUUCUUUCUUCUUAAAACAAUCAACAUCAAUCUUAUUACUUACAUUCCUUCUAAUAAGACCGAAUUCUUGGAGCUAAUUUUUGAAAAGCAUUGAGUUUAACUUGCAUCUUUCAGCAUGAUCUGUCCAGCAAUUUAAUAGUAACGUUUAUUGGUAUGUGUCAAUGACUAAAUGUGUGUAUGUGUGAAAAGUCGCGUGGUAUGGGCAAAAACUCUAAACAAUUUGAAAUAAAAGUUAUUCUUGUUCGGUUGAGAAUUACCAUUGUUACCAAACUCUGACACCUCUUUUUUGGGUGGGGGAUGGGGGUGAUUUUAUUAGAAGGCAGAGCUGUUUUUCUGAAUAUCACAUAGAACACAAACCCUUUGACUUUGCAAAACUUACGGAACCAGUUUUUUUUUUGUAAUCAAACCAUAUUUUUGCACUCAUGCCUAAUUUUCUUAAUUUUAUUUUGAAAUACAAUUUGAUCGAUAGGUUAGUUAAAGUCGAUUGGGAAAGACGAUGUUCACUUUGAUACUUCACACUUUCUGGUAGCGAGUUUUUGUUCAAGCAGAUUAUAAGUAAACGUAGAUGUUAGUAACUAGCUUAGUGUGAAUUUUUUUAUGUGAUAAAUUAAUGCAACGCACGUUAAUGGAUGGGCGUUACAAUGCAGCGCAAAGAGUUUUAUCAGUCUAAUCGAUUUUAAAAUGUCACUGUACAAAUAUUUGGAGUUAUGUUUAUAAUUAUUCAUUUUCUUCGUGUGGGCUUCUAUUUCAUGAUUUCUUCCUACCCAUGUUGGCAAAUCUUCUGAAUGAAAGCUUGCAAAUUGUCGUUAUCAUUGUGAACGCCGGUCUUUCGAAAAUUAUUGAAACGAACAAGAUUUUAAUGAUAAUAAUUCGAUAUGGAUUGCACUUUAUUUCUGUGCGGCUUUUGUCGUUUUUCAGAUUCAAGAAUUUUAUGUCAAUAAAGACCUAUUCUCCAUCGCUGAAUUCGGUGCACAAAGAAA